UUAAUUUUCUUUGCUGCGAAUUAUAGCUACCUUCUCUUAUUUUUUAUGUUGUUGCCAUUCUAUUCUAAGUUUGAUUUUUAAGUAAGUUCCGGCGACGAGGAGUAAAAUGUCACGGUUUGUAUGCUCACAUCUUGGUAUACAAAGCAUAUAAUAUCUUAGCAGGCUUAACUGACGGUAGCUCGAACCUUAUAGGGUCGGCACUCGGCAGCGACUUUUUGAGAUUAAAAUUUCCUGUUUUCUGCAAUUUGUUGAAGACCAUUUGAAGCAUAUAUCCAUACUUUAAGCAAAAAAAAAAAAAAAAAAGGCUUGGCAAUUUAAUGUGGCAUGGAACCAGCGGCUUGAUUAUAAGGACUGAUUAAAAAAUUUCAUUUUGGAAAUGUCUGCUUGUGUAAAUUAUAUUUGAUUGCAGGCUAUCUGUUUGACUAAACUGUAUGUGCAUGAGAAUAUAACGGCAUAAAACGGAUAGAGUCUGUUGUUGUGUAGAAAUUAUUAGCGGAAAACUGCUUCGUUAACUUCUUUUCAUUUAUGAGUGGUAUCGCCAAACUCUAUGUUACUCCAUGUUACGAAGCAAUUAAUCUUAAAUUUCAACACAAGACUUUGGGUUUUGCACAAAAUGUCUUGUUUUGUAUACUUCUUCUGAUAAACAUUUCUUCAAACUGUCUUCAAGGGAAGCUAGUUUGAUAUUUCACAGCUUGUAUAAAAUUAGCAUGGCGUGUGGAUCCUUUGUAAUUAGUUCAGUGAGGACAUUGAUAGCCUCGUUUUCAUCAAGAAAACGAGUCAUCAAUGGAGUUCUGCCUCUGAACCCAUGACAAGAUCCAAAUUCGGAAACCUGUUCCGACCACCUUCAUCCAAGUUGACGUUUCUUCCAUCAAGCAAGUGUUCCCAGUGGGGUCCAUAGGUGACUCGUAGUUCAGAGAGAGGUGAAGAAGGUGGAUGGAAUUCAGACUGAUUAGAUAUAUCGCCAAGCUUCUGAACUUUCCCAGCAAAUUCCAAAGAAGAUGGGGGCAUUUGCUGAAACUCUAUGUAAUGAGUGCUCAAAAUGGUGCAUUUUCAUGCUUCCAUUAGCGGAGAGAAUUCUUGCCUCAGAUCACAUUAUUUACUCUCUUUUGUAUGUUUACGGCAUGACAUUCCUAGCUGGACAACCACGGAUCAAACAUACAGUCACAGCCUGAUGAACUUGAGGCUGUCAACCUCUCUACUGCAGAUGAUUUGGACGCUUGAUGAAUAAAAAAUUUCUGGCAGCAACAUUUUUAUAUGAAAGCAUGAUUUUCAAUUAAAAAUGGCUUUUCUUGAAGGGAUUUACUUGUUUAACAGUGUGUCAAAUAUAAAUUUUCAUUUGCCAAACAUAAAAUUAUGAUGUUUAAGCUGAUUUUUCAUUUGUUUUGCCACUACAGGUUUAUGAAAUUAUAACUUAUUCAAUUAAAUCUGGUCUCUCUCUCUCACUCUCUGUUUUUUUUUUGGCUUGGGAGCUGGUUCUGUUUUAUCUCCAUUUUCUGGUGUCAACCACUAUGGGUUAACAAAUGGAAAAGGUCAAGAGAAGAGUAUGUUGUCCAAAGGCACUGAUAGUGCUGAUGGUGAAGGUAAAAAGUUGCACAAACUGGGGAAGUGCCGCUCCAGAUUUAGUAAGACAGAUUCUUCUGUUGAUUGCGGAGCCGAUGGAGAUGGUGAUCAGCAUGUCCAAGGGGUUCCUUCCUCUCGAGAGGAAAAAGUUAGCAGUUUGAAGACUGGCUUGGCUCAUGUUGCAAGGAAGAUGCCCAAAAAUGCACAUGCUCAUUUUAUACUUGGCCUAAUGUACCAAAGGUUGGGCCAACCUCAAAAGGCUCUAUCGGCAUAUGAGAAGGCUGCAGAGAUCUUACUUCGGUCUGAGGCUGAGAUUAGUCGGCCAGAGUUGCUUUCUUUAGUUCAAAUUCACCAUGCACAGUGCCUGGUACUAGAAAGUGCAGUAGAAAAUAGUUCAGAUAAAGAACUUGAACCUCAUGAACUCGAGGAAAUUCUCUCCAAACUAAAGGAGUCUGUGCAAUCAGAUAUCAGGCAGGCAGCUGUAUGGAAUACUCUAGGAUAUGUGCUUCUUAAAACUGGUCGUUUGCAGAGUGCGAUCACAGUACUGUCAUCAUUGUUGGCUAUUGCACCAGACAACUAUGAUUGCCUGGGAAAUCUUGGGAUUUCAUAUCUUCAAAGUGGGAAUUUGGAAUUAUCCGCAAAAUGCUUCCAAGAGUUGAUUCUAAAAGAUCAGAAUCAUCCUGCAGCUUUGAUCAACUAUGCUGCCCUUCUUUUAUGUAAAUAUUCUUCAGUUGUAGCAGGUGCUGGCGCAAGUGCUCCAGAAGGUGCUUCUUUAGACCAGGUUGCAGCUGCUAGUGUUGCGAAGGAAUGUUUGCUAGCUGCAGUAAAAGCAGAUCCCAAAUCAGGACAUAUCUGGACAAAUCUUGCCAAUGCAUUUUCUCUGUGUGGUGAUCAUAGAAGUUCCAGCAAGUGCUUGGAGAAGGCAGCAAGACUGGAGCCUAAUUGCAUGUCUACUAGAUACGCUGUUGCCAUCCAUAGAGUAAAGGAUGCUGAAAGAUCUCUAGAUCGGGAGCAGCUUUCAUGGGCUGGAAAUGAGAUGGCUUCUAUAAUAAGAGAUGGUGAUUCAUCCUUCGUUGAGCUUCCUGUAGCAUGGGCUGGACUUUCCAUGGUUCACAAGGCCCAGCAUGAAAUAGCAGCCGCUUUUGAAACUGAACAGCAUGACCUGAUGGAAGUUGAAGAGCGUGCUGUUCGCAUUUUAAAACAGGCUGUAGCAGAAGAUCCAGAUGAUGCUGUGCAGUGGCACCAACUUGGUCUUCAUAGUCUCUGUACUCGGCAAUUCACAACAUCUCAAAGGUAUCUCAAAGCUGCUGUUGCCCGUGACAAGCACUGUAGCUAUGCAUGGUCAAAUCUAGGUGUUUCACUUCAACUAUCAGAAGAACCAUCAAAAGCUGAACAAGUGUAUAAGCAGGCCUUGGCACUGGCGACAACACAACAAGCGCAUGCUAUACUAUGCAAUCUGGGGAAUCUCUAUCGUCAGCAGAAAAAGUAUGAACGUGCCAAGGCAAUGUUGACAAAGUCCCUUGAACUACAACCUGGCUACGCUCCUGCAUAUAACAAUCUGGGUCUUGUUUUUGUUGCAGAGGGUCUGUUGGAAGAGGCCAAGUAUUGUUUUGACAAGGCCCUCCAAUCAGAUCCAUUACUGGAUGCAGCGAAGUCUAACGGGAUUAAGGCGGUUGCCAUGUCAAAGUUAUGCAGAGGCCUCUCCUCAUGCAUUCUUAAAGAAUGAUUUUGCAUCUCAUUAACGAUAGGUAGUUUUCAGGCAAAAAAAAAAAAAAAGAUAGGCAGCUUUUCGGACUUCACAAAUUCUUGCAUGCUGUAUAGAUGCCUAUUCUUAUAGUUUUAAAUAUAAAAAAAAAAUUAAUAACACAUUUAGUUUUUAUUUGGAAUGAAAGUCACAAUGAAGGCCCUCGUACACGAGGGCGAAUGGAGGUGCGGGCAGGGUUAUAUCAGUGCUGUGCAUGACUUACAGUCUUGUCUGACCGAUGCCCUGCAUCUGGUUUUA